AUGAACGGCACAUUGCAAAAUAGUGUCCAUCGCGUCAACGCCAGAGUUCGACAUUUCUUGAACGAAGAGACGAAGCUGACAGAUUUAUUCCAGAUUGAGACGUUUCCUACCGUUACCUUUAAGGACAUCCUGCAGAAUGUUGGGAUCAAGCAACACCCACUUCCCAAAGUCGCUGUACCGUUAACAUCGGCAGUAACUGUCAAGAUUGUCGGAGUUGUAGUUCCAAAGAAUUGGACAUGUGUUGCCAAAUCACAUGGUGUUGCUGACUGCGAUAGUUCGUGGAGUAACGACGCCAGUGGAUCAGUUGUGAUUGUGGUGCUCGAGCUGUUAUAG